AGUUGUUUACAUGUGCCAAAAACAAAUUUGCAAAAAAAACCUCACAGUCCGAAGCAGAAACGUUCCAUAUCCUUUGUUUUAUAGAAAAACUCCUGGUUUUAACCCAAUUAACAAAUGCGUGAUUUAUUUAAAACUUUGGAAGUACUAAAAUUGGAAUCAACCAUGGAAUAUUGCGAGGAAUUUAAUGGCAUCAAGUCCGUAUUGGAGUAUUGCAACAAAAAUGUUAAGCCAUUCAAUAAACUAUUCUUUCGCGGAGGUAAUGAAGCAGUCAUCAAUGAAUUGGUGCGGCGUUUACAAGAUUAUUUGGUGGAUGUCGAAUUGGUGGACAAAGAAACAAAACAACCCUUACCAGAUAAAUCAACAAAGCUGAGAAAAAUCCUAAUGUUUCUCAUGUUCAAUACGGACGCCACAUACAAGUACAACCUGAAAGAUGAUCAGAAUAUAGUGCAUGUUUUGGAAAUUUGUCCACUACUGCCCAAGUUUAUGCUUGUGACUUUGGUGUGGGAGUUACACUUGGAUCAAUUUUUCAAUGAAAUGCUAUCGUAUUCACCUUGUUGGUUUUCAUUUCAAUACUUUGAGCCAGCCACCGAUUCGCUGAAGUAUAUAGACGAUGCUUUUGAAGUUCUAUCCAAGGUGGCUCAAUUACUAAGGUCCAUAUUGAUUUCAAUUACCCGCUCCGAUUUGCGGGUCAUGGAUAGUGUGGAUACAAAAAUUAUUUUCAACAAGCUCUAUGACUAUGCCAUGAACAUGCUUAGGCUUUUCUAUACACCUGAUGCCGAGAAAUUCAAGGGCUUCAGCAAGAAAAAGAUGUACAAGUAUUCGGGAUUUGCUUUGAAAUAUUUGCUGGAACUUGUUCUGUACUCCUUUGAUGUUUAUGAAAACUCGCUGGCCUGCAAACCGCUGGAAGGUUGGAAGGAGUAUGAUAUCUGUUCCCAACCCGACAAGAGAGUCGAAGAAAAAUCCUCCAAAGACUUGGCAGAUUUGAAAAAGCAACAAUUGAAAAUCAUCACAGCCCUACUGAAUGCCUUGCAAAAUAACAUACUUUUGGUUAAAAUCGAUAUUUUCAUAUAUUGGGUGGAAAUUGACUUGAACGCAAAACAAAAUCUGCAGGAGGUGGUGGGCGAAAUGGCAUACCGAGUGGGCGAAAGAAUGUUGGAGAACAAGGCCUUUGGCCAUGAUGUGCAGCAGCAGCUGAAGGUCAUUGAAAUAAGGCCCAAGACCUUGGAGGAAAUCGUACAAGAAGCCAGAAUAGGGGACAUUUUGAAUGCCUUGGACGACAACAAAUUAGAGUAUAAAGAGCGCAAGGCUUGGUUUGAUGAACUCGUUAAUCGCACCUCAGUGGCCUUGGGCAAUGACGAGUGUAUGCAGUGCAUAAAACAGAAUAUAAAGCUCAUGCGUGUGGAACACUGCCAGCAAAUAUUGGACUUUAUAAAAAUGGAAAUAAUACGAAACCAUGCGGAGGAGCUCAACGACGAAUCUGAGAUGGACAAAAAACUAGAUAUUCAAGACAUGGAUUUGGAUCCCGAAGACUAUGAAGAGUUGUCCGAGUUAGUAAUGCUGGCAUUGCAUAACUUUAGUGUGGAGCAAAUUUUAAGCGUACUCAGCUAUCAGUGCAAACUAUUUGGCUAUGAUACCAGUCUAUUUUCACGUGCCGAUAUUGCCAAUAGAAGUACGGAAUUUUUCAAUAAAUGCACGGGCGAUUCUUCAUCAUUCGAUGUGCAACAUUUUCUCAUGCUGACCUUUGAGCAGCCGCAGUUGGUGUGGCAAAAUUUCUUUGAAUGCGCCUGCCACAAUAUGGAACACAUUGUCAACUAUACCAACACUGUCAAACAAUGCCGGCCUUUGUCGAAUAAUUACUUUCAACCCCAACUGUUGGUUGCCUUCAAUGAUUUGUCUUGUUUGGAGCAACGCUAUUUUCCAGCUUUACUGUGUGAGAUUUACUUUUGCCUCUAUUAUCCGGAUAAUAAAACCGACUUCCUCAAGAAGAUUAUCCAUAAGCAUGUCAAUGAGUUUUUGGAUAAUCAACAAUUUACCUAUUUGCUGCCAUUGGUGAAAUGUUUGAAUUUGAUCAACUCCUAUGGGGAGACACAAUCGAAUAAGCCUUUAAAUUUUGGUGAAAUAACAGCACCGGUGCUCCUAAUGGCCGCUCAAAUAAUGGACAAGGCAAGGUGGGAUUUGAUAACCUACACAGAUGUACGCGACGAGAUUGUAAGGGAGUGCAUACAGUUUAUUCAAAAGACUUCGAAGAAAUUCCUACCAAAUGCCACAGAGAAAGAUCGCAAAUGGAUAACUAAGGUCAUCAAGGAUUCAUACAAACCACUGACACAGUUUUAUUUUCAAAAAUAUUCCAUGACACCAGAUCAAAUUCCCGUUGAAUUUGAUCGAUUCCUAAUAAGGCUAGAUAUUGAAGAUAAAUCGGAAGCUGAAAUGUUUUUAAUCAUCAACUAUGUCCGUUGUACCAUGAAGGAAACCGAAUGGUUGGCACGCAGCGAACGUCUUCUACCUCAUAUUUCAGAUGUCAUGAUCAUCUUGAGUGGUGUUGUCAAUGAAACUGAAAACUCCAAUGCCAUCAAUAACUAUCGCCAUUGUUUGGCCAAUUAUGCCAAUAUCGUGGAACGUUUUCUUCUCCCCCAAAUCGAGGAUGAUAAUAAGAAUAUUGAAAAGCUGGAAAUUAAAGUUUUGAAAAUUAUAUCCUCAGCACCCGAACAAAUUUACGAAGAGACAUUUAUGAGCUUCGAAUCGCUGCUCUUGGAUAUUGUUAAGAAGUGUGGCCGACCAUUGGAGGAGAGUAUUUCCAAGAAUAUACUCAAAUUUGUGGAAACUAUGAAAGAGUGUAGUGCCAAACAAAUAUUUACUGACAAAUUUAGGGCUUUGGUCACAGAAAUGUCCUAAAUAGAGAGAAAAUAUGCUCACUACAGCUGCUUUAUAAUACUAUAAUAUUGUGAUUAUGCCAUUUGAAAUAUUUUAUAUUAAAAAACUCCAUGGCAUUACUUACUUUGCGAAAUAGAAGUAUUUGAAUUUAUUUCUUGUUUUGUUUA